AGCAAAUGUUCAGUAACGCCCUUCACGUUUCUCACAUGGAUGGCGUCGAGGUGAUCACGCCACGCCCCAGCGGAGCAGACGCAAACCGAUCCCUCGAACGGGAGGAACAGAUUGUAUAAUAGCGCUAAGGGCCGCGUCUAACGACAACAACCAGUUGCUCCCUGCUUUCACAUCGAAAGCUCCGCGAUGUUGGGGAGGCAACAGUCGCAGUGGCCUCGAAGCGCGGUCGCGUCGGACAAGUAGUCGAAGUUAUUCACCGGAUGAAGUUUGGGAACUGUAGCGUUACAUAUUUUUGCCCUUGUCGUUGCAACUUUUUGGGAGGAAUGCAAGUCGCCCGGGCUGUUAAAAUGGGAUUGUUUUUGCACAACGUUGCCUCUGUCACCCCCACGGCCUCCACAACUGACCGGAGCCUGUUGGUCUGUGAAGGUGUAAACAACCAGAGCUACAUGUGUGAAUCGGGUCACUGCUGUGGAGAAUCUCAGUGUUGCAGUUACUACUAUGAGGUUUGGUGGUUUUGGUUGGUUUGGGCGAUCAUCUUCAUUUUGAGCUGCUGCUGUGUGUGUCACCAUCGCCGUACCAAACACCGACUGCAACAACAGCAGCGACAGCACGAGAUCAACCUCAUUGCUUAUCGUGAAGCACACAACUAUCCCUCAGUGCCCUUCUACUUCAGGUUUCUUCCAAGCUACCUCCUUCCAGAUUACGAAGAAGUAGUGAACCGGCCGCCUACUCCCCCGCCACCCUAUAGUGCCUUACACACAACACCAUCCUCAGCAGUUUCACAGCCUCACCCUGAGCAGCAGGAUGGACAAUGUCCAGCAGUACAACCAACCCCAGCGCCCCCUGAGUUGGACCUUCUGUGCAACAGACCUAGUCUAGGGCAGCCACAACCACCUGCUUUAGAUUUAACGCCAAAGGCUGACAGCAAGCCUGUACAGACAACAGAGGACUCAGGCAUGAUACUAUUGUCAGAGGAGAUUGGUGGGGAGAGACUCGAUCUUGAGGAAAAAGGAAGCGACUGCAAGGAUCCUCUGUUGAAGGACUUAUCAGAUGACAAAGAUAGACUCCCUAAUGGUAGAAGACGAAGAUUUACAGGCGAUUCUGGGAUCGAAGUCUGCGUGUGUGGCUCACGUGGGAGCAAUGGUUGUAGUGGAACAGGUGGGCUGGAAGGUAAGGAGUUGCGGGAGCUGGAGAGCCUGCUGGGCCGUGAAGGAAAUGAUGAGGAGGAGGCUGGAGACUUCUGUGACAGUUGUGUUCACCGGUCUUCCUUCAGUGUGGAAGAGGAGCAGUUGGGUGGUGAGUCAGAGAGGCGAGCGGCAUCAGGUUCCUCCCAACCACCGCAGCUCGCAAGCAGUGCCUCACUGCACCCUCCAGUGUCCCUCCUUCUCCAAACCAUCAAUGAGCAGGAGAGUCCCCACCUCAGCACCAACACUGAGCCACAGGGUUGAAACAGACACCAUGGAACAUGGAAGCUUUUUGGGGGGUAGAGGUCGGGGUGGGGGGUUGUGACACGAAGAGUUUUCAGCCCCAAGAUGUGGAAAGUGAGUAUAGGUGCGAAUCAGUUGUGAGAUCCAGAAGAAACAUUUUCAAAGUGAUUAAUAGAGCUGUUCUACACACUGGAACAUGGAAUGGCCUUGACUGACUUCUGCUUACACAGAAGAUAGCUGGUGAAUACGAUGUACGUCACACAUUUGGGUCACCUUGCAUCUUCCUCCCCACGUGAUACACAGCAAAAACUGGAUCACUGUAACAUCAGGAACAGUAACAAGAAGGUGGCUGAUUUAUUCACCAGGUGUGUCCAACCUGUUGCCUGCGUCUGGAGGCAAGAAAUUAGCAUAAGACAAGCCCUUUUUACGUAUUUUGUGUUUGAGCAAGCAAGCAAAUACUGUAGAAACAUCUGGCCAGGGCCUGAAUAUGCUUUUUUUUUUUUCUUUUUCCCCCCAGCAUAUUUGUAAGAAAAUGCUUCUUUUUUUUUUUUGUUCAUUCUGAACCACUAGCUAUAAGUGCAUUAACAAGUCGUCAUGUGAGCAGUUCCUACUUUGCACAAAUUGUAUUUAUCAUAUAGAAAUGAAGCUUUUGACUCAGCCUGGCAUUUCUGUUUUUGCAUAAUUACAUCAUUACAGCAAAAAUGUUAAUUUCUUAGGGAUACAAAAACAAUGGAUGGUUGAUGUUGUUGAUUUCAUAUGUUGCCUUUUUAUUAACUUCAUGAAUGUUAGUGCAAUGUGCCUACCCAGAGUGCUGAUAUGAGGAACAUUAGAGCCUCUGAGUUACCUGAGCAGAUUAUCGCCUUCACCAGCAGCACGGUAUAAAAGCAAUCAUCUCAGUUUCUGUAUUUGAAAUUAUGACCCUACCAGGCUAAGGAAAAAUUUACUGUUUAAUAUUUGUGUGACAACAAACAAAUAUACAUUUGAUAAUUUGCACAAGACAAGACUCAAGCAUUUGUCCAUCUAAAGUGUUUGUGGCAUCUACAGUGAGGUCCAUAUAUAUGGGGACAUCAAUACAAUUAUCUUGUUGACUCUAAACACAACUACAAUGGAUUUUAAAUGACACAAACUGUGCUUCUACCGAAGACUUUUAACUUUGAGGGUAUUUUUAUCAAAAUAAGCGUGAACGGUGUAUGAAUUUAUAUACAUAGAAACCCUUUCCAAAAUAUUUGAGUAUCAUGGCAAAGUUCCAUAAUUCCAUUAAAAAAAUAAAUAAAUAAAAAUACUUCAGGGCCCACAAUUCAAACAAUUUCAAGUAUUUUAUAUUACAUGAUUUGUAUGUGCAGCACUGUGAGCAACUGGUCAGAGCGUUGGCCUCACAGUUCUAAAGACCGGGGUACAAAUUCCGGCGCUGCCUGUGUGGAGUUUGCAUUCUUCCUGUGCCUGUGUGGGUUUUCUCCGGGUACUCUGGUUUCCUCCCACAUCCCAAAAACAUGCAUUCAUUGGAGACUCUAAAUUGCCCCUAGGUGUGAUUGUGAGUGCGGCUGUUUUCUGUCUAUGUGCCCUGUGAUUGGUUGGCAAGCAGUUCAGAGUGUACCCUGCCUGAUGACACCAGGGACAGGCUCCAGCACUCCAGUGACCCUUGUGAAGACAAGCUGCUCAGAAAAUGGAUGGAUAAAAUGUGUGUAAUACCAGCUCAUAAAAUCAACAAAAUGAGGAAUUCAUAAAAUUAGAAUACUGUCAAGUCUGCUUAAAUUUUGCAAGCCAUAAAGGUUUUAAACUGAGUGCCAGACUAAUCCUCUAUUAAACUCAAACUCACUGGGACAGAUUUCCCCAGAUGUUAAAUUGCUUCAUUUUGGUUCAAUUGUCUCAGUUGGGUUCUGUAUGGGGAAGACGACAAAGUGGACAACUGCAUUUGCCACAAAAGUUCAUCGCUAAGGAAGCUGGCUGUACAGAGUGCUAUGGAAAGUUUAGUGGAAGGACAAAAUAUGGCAGAAGAGAGUAGAAGGAGCAGCAAAAGAGAUGACUGUGGGCAUCAGCAGAUGAUCAAACAAAGAAGAUUCAAGAAUCUAGCAGAGAGAGUAAAAUGAGACCAGUUAUAGCUUCAACAACAACCACCACAUUCAAAUGCAUUUUUUAGGAGAUGGGCUAUAACUUUUGGGCUCCUCGGGUGAAGCUGCUUCUGAGCCUGAGCCAAGGUCAGAAGUGUCUCAACUGGGCUAAGGAGAGGGUCUGAACCGUUAAGCAAGGAUCCAAAAUUCUAUAGUACAAAGUGUUCUUUUCUUUUGGGCAUCAGCCUCCAAGGAUUUGGAUGAAGACUGCAAAUGAACAGAACCAAACUGCUUGAGGUCCAGUGUGAAAUAUCCAUAGUGAGUCAUGAUUUAAGGUGCAAUGUCCAGUGAAGGUGCUGGUCAACUCUGCUUUCUUAAAUCUAAGGUCGGUGCAAUGGUCUACUCUCAUGAUUUAGAGAUUUAAUCAUUCCUUCUGUUGAAAAUCUUGAUGGAGAUGCAGAUUUCAACUUCCAGCAGGACCUAGCCCCUCCCCAUACUGCCAGAAACACCAAGACCCGGUUUGAUGUCCAUACUACCAUAAUGCUUGACUGGCCAGCCAACUUGCCUGAUCUGAACCCCAAUGAGAAUCAAAUGGAGUAUUAUCAAGAAGAAAAUGUGUGGCAUCAGACCCAAAAACAAAGAACUGAUAGCAUGCAUCAAGAAAAGCUGGGCUUCCGUAACUUCCAGGGAUUGCCACAGGCUGAACGCCACGGUUCAUCAAGGCAGUGAUGAAAGCAAAGUGAUUCCCAACUAAGUUUUGAAAGUACCAUAUAUUGACUGAUUUAAUGUGAUUUCAUGGGUUUUUAUGAGCUGGAAGCUCACAUUAUGUAUAAAUACUGAAGUUGUGGGCCCUGAAUCUUGGCAAAAUGUUAGCUUUUUUUCAGUGGAAUUGUAAAAAUAGUUUCCCACGGUAUUCAAAUUGUGUUAUAUGUCUCCUACUUUUUAAGGGGCUAAAUGUAAGGGUACAAAUGAACAACAAAUCAAAUCCUCAAUUUGAAAUGGUUGUAAAUCCUUGGCAGUCAGUUACAACCUGAAGUCUGCUAAUGCACAGACAUCGCAGGAUGAUGCUGGAUUUUAUCCACGGUGGUGCACUAUGAAAGUUUAACUUUUUCAAUGGACUUACAGGCUGAUAGGCCUGUACUAAACCUCCUUAUGCUUGAGGCUUUUUCCCUUCACUAGUGUCUUCAGCAAGUGAAAUGCAUACUUCAUGGGAUUCAAGUCAGGUGAUUUACUUAAAAAUAAUGAUCGCAGUAUACUUCAGGGUCUGUGUGCAGCUGCACCCAGAAUUUAUCCAUCGACGGAUGUUUUUGCUGUCAUGCUCUCCAUUUUGGUUGGUUUUGUUUCCUGUGUUCCAUGUCUUGUGUGCUCAUUUUGUUUUUUGCGUCCACCUGUUCACGUUUACCCUCCUCCCUUGUUGACGUAUCAGCUCCCCCCAGCCACUCAUGUCUUGUCCAAGUGUUUCUUGUCCCGUCGAUCUUGAUGUAUUUGACUCCCUGGUUUCUUUCGGUCCUUGUCAGUCCGUUUGCGUAUUGCUUUGUUAAAGUCAUGUCCGUCCGUACUCAUGCCAAGAUUUUGUCACGUCUUCUUUUGUUUAGGUUUAUUUUAGAAAUACUUCACUUACAGGUUUUUUUUGUUGUUGUUGCUUUUAGUUGUCUUUUCUUGACAUAUUUUUUGAGAUUCCUGCCUUGCGUCCUUGCACUUGGGUCCUCUCCGACUUGCCUUGCUUUCCUUGCCCCCCACUAAGUUUGACUGUACAGAUCUGUUGAAAUCUCAUAUGCUUUAAUUCAGUUUCUAGCUGCGUCCUCCGUUGCAAGGUUGAGGCAAUAAAUACACCGUAGUAACCAAUAUUAAAGCUAUAAUUUUACAGUUCUAGAAUGAUUCUUGUGCAAUUUGUAUGGAUUUUUAAAAAAUCAUAUUUCAUAAAUAUACUGCGGUCCUGUGGUAAUGUUGACAUUUUAAAAACAUGGAAAUUAAGACAAAUGUUUUGGGAAGUGAAUUUCUAUAGGUUGGCAGCUCUGUAAAUACAAGCUGUUGUAGUUCCUAAACAUUUCACCUGAUUUGGAUGUAAAUAUCCUCACGUUAAAGCUGAAAAGCUGCAGUUAAAGCAGAUAUUUCAUUUCAAAUCCAUUGUGGUGGUGUCUGUCCAUCUUAGUUAGCCAUUUAAAAAUUCUUGUGUUACAGUGAUCAUCAAUGUCACCCAUGUUUUGUAACAAUGUAACAACUGAAUGGGAAGGCUUGAUUAACUGGACAAGUCUUCACUUAAAAAAAAAAAAAAUACUUGUGUAUAAAUAGCAAACCAGUUGGAUAUGACUGAAUCUCAGUUCACAUUUUAUAGACCAGACGAAACGUUCCUAGCACGGGAAUGUGAACAGUGCAAUUUACAAAUAAUGACAAUGUUGCACUACAAAACCAAAAUGGCCACAUGGAAAAGAUUAAUUAAUUGAUCUCUAACCUGCUGUUAGAAUGUUGUACAGCUGCACUGUAAAUAUAAAUAUUCCCGCAGUUUUAACAGCUUGAUGAAGAUUGUACCUGGAAAAAGGACACUGAUUAUACUUUGAAGAUAUAUUUUUACAGCCCUAUUCAGUUGUAUAAUUCCAAAUUUUAUAGACCAGAUUUCCAAAGCACAAAGUUUUCAUCAGGCAAUACAAACGUUGAAAUUAUUUAAAAAAAAAAAGUGCCCAUGGUAAACUUUUAAGCACAAUUUUAUUUACAUUUUGUCUGGUUUGAAUCAAAAUAGUAGUCCUGUGUGGUAUAAAAUCAGGACUUGUGGUACGUCAGCACAGAUGAGCUAUUUUUCAUUCGUGCUGAACCAUCGUGAGUGAAUUUAAAUUUAAAAUGAUAACAUUGGUAAACCAGUCUAUUUUCAAAUUUACUUUGUGACAAAAUAAAACAAGUAGCUUUAUUUAGCCUUCAUGUCCUUCAGUUUCAAAUUGAGACUGACGCUGAAGUUGAGUGAAGGCUACAUGAUGAUUAAACAUAUUUGUUCAAGCCAAUCAGGUUAUAUCAUGCCAAAGACUUUCAUAAUUGUGCGAAUGAACAUAUUAUUUGAAUGUCGCUGUCAACAACCAAGAUUGAUGUACUUCAUUAUAAACAUUUCGGUUUUAAUAAAAAUGUUAUGUUUAACUUU